CCCACACCGCCAUCAUCAAACCAGAACUUAGCCAUAUCGAACGUAAGCAUUAUUCCCACAUUGCCCGCGCCCAGGGCACAGCAACAGACAGCAACAACAACAACAACAACAUCAACGACGACGACGACGACAAUCGCGCGACCCAUCAGCAUUCCACGUUCUGCUGACAUCGCGCGCCACCAGACACCACCCAUCCGGCCAACCACAAUAGCAACUAAGUAGGCCAUAAGCAAACCCAUGAAGAACACUUUUGGAAAUUAAUAAAAUCAUUCUUGAUCAGGCCUUCAGCCAGGAAAGUUCCUUUUUUAAAAACCCGUACCCGAAGGUCCGGUCGAUUUUUGGCGCAGUCGGUAGGAUGCGCAAAGUGUUAGCCGUUUAAACUUCGCGAGUGAAAAACUUCCACCUAUUGGACAACCAGGGACCAGCAGCCUAUUGGAAAGUGCCAGGGAGGAGGCGUUUUACUUCAACAAGAGACGACAGCACGGCGCAUUCGGACGGGAGCUCAUCCGUGGAAACGUUGGCGACGGAUUAUCGCUGAUUAGUGAGAAUGGCAACAAUAAAUCUAAUUGUAUUAUGGAUGAGCCUGACGGUAGCGACAUCGACAAUCAACAGUCAUAUACAAAUCUACGACUUACAAAAUAACCCAGGACUCGUAUCAUUACAACUCGGAGAAGGCAGAAUCAGGAUGGGUUCCCACAAAAUUUACCAUAUGAUCGAUAUGUCACAUGUAGAACCAAUCGUAAGAAGACUUAGAACAAUAAUUACAGAUUUAAAAAUUUUCAACAUAAAUGAUUCAAUAAUAUUGAUGAACAAAAAGCUAGAUACAAUAGAAAAAUCUUAUAGAAAAAUUGUACCCAUUGUUAGAACCAAAAGAGGACUUUUUAACGGUAUUGGCAAUAUGAUUAAAGUUAUUACUGGAAAUCUUGACAACAAUGAUCUUGUAAAAAUUAAUACACAACUUAACACAUUGUCCGAACAAAAUAAAGCUCUAGUAACAGAAAACAACGAACAAAUAAAGAUUAAUCUUAAAGUCCAGGAUAGACUAAACAGACUCAUUAAAAUUGUAAACGAUCAACAAGAUGUUAUCAAAAAUAAUUUUAUACACUUUAGACAAAAAUUUAUAAAUGGUAAAAAUAUCUCGGAUGAAAUCAAAGUUGUUAAAGAAUUGUUCAACCUCAAUCUUAAUAUCGAUCUUCUUGCUAAUCAUGUCAACAAUAUAUUUGAAGCAAUACAAAUGUCAAAAGUUAACACCAUUUCAAAAGAUAUCUUAUCCAGUGAAGAACUUAACGAAGCAACAAAAAUUUUGGAAAGUGAAAAUAUUAAUAUCGAAAGCUUCGAUCAAGUGAUAGAAUAUUUAGAUUUAGCAGUGAUUCACAAAGACAACAAAAUCGUGUUCAUCAUCCUGAUCCCGUUGCUGAGAAAAGACGUUUUCAUCCACCAACUACUAGAGCCAGUCAUCAAAAAUGGAAAAAUGCUUAAUGUUCAAUAUGCAGAGGCACUCAACAACGAUUUAUCAACAUUUCUAAUAACUGGAGAAUGUAAAGGAAUAGGACAGAGUAUCAUGUGCAGUGAACACCACGUUAAGGAUGUUUCCAGCGACACCUGUUAUUCGAAACUUUUACGAGGAAAAUCAGGCAGCUGCGACCUCAUAGAAGUCACCGAGGAGAGACGAGUUAAGCGAAUCAGUAGUAAUUACAUCAUUAUUACUGGAAAUGAGAGCACUCCGAUCACAUCCAAUUGUGGGCUCUCCAGCCGAAACAUUUCUGGAAACACGCUAAUAUUUUUCAGAAAUUGUACCGUUAUCAUCAACCAAACAUCAUUCAUCGACAUUGAAUACACCACAAAACAGCAACCAAUCAUGAUUCCGUUGAACGGAUUGGAAAUCAACAGCAAAACCAUAAGCACCAAUUUCACACUUCAAAAUCUGCAAGAAGUCAAUCUCCAAACUCGACAACAGCUGACAUUUUUACAUGAGCAACAGAAACGAUCAACCUUUGGAAUAUCGUUAAUACUUUUUACCAUCGUCAUCAUUUCGAUACUCUACCUGUCCAUAAAGCAUUCCUCAUGCACACCAAAAGCAACCAGUCAAACCGAACCGGGACGGUCCGUUCUUCAGGAGGGAGCAGUUACUGAACGGCCCACACCGCCAUCAUCAAACCAGAACUUAGCCAUAUCGAACGUAAGCAUUAUUCCCACAUUGCCCGCGCCCAGGGCACAGCAACAGACAGCAACAACAACAACAACAACAUCAACGACGACGACGACGACAAUCGCGCGACCCAUCAGCAUUCCACGUUCUGCUGACAUCGCGCGCCACCAGACACCACCCAUCCGGCCAACCACAAUAGCAACUAAGUAGGCCAUAAGCAAACCCAUGAAGAACACUUUUGGAAAUUAAUAAAAUCAUUCUUGAUCAGGCCUUCAGCCAGGAAAGUUCCUUUUUUAAAAACCCGUACCCGAAGGUCCGGUCG